AUGGCUCGCACGAAGCAGACUGCUAGGCUCUCCACUGGCGGCAAAAGCGUACCCAAACCAUUGGCGGCCAAGGCGGCACGCAAGAAACCGGCCGCGAAGGCAACAAAUCAGCCAGACGGCGAGGGGAGGCCGAAGAAACGCAAGAAGCCUGGCACGGUCGCGAUUCGAGAGAUCCGACGGUAUCAAAGGGAGUUCGAACUCCUCCUGCCCAAGCUGCCCUUUGCCCGCCUUGCUCGCGAGAUAGCCCAGGAAUACAUGGCAGACCUCCGAUUCCAAGCGGCUGCGCUCAGUGCUUUGCAAGAGGCGACAGAGGCUUUCGUUGUUGGGUACUUUGAAGAUAUAAAUUUGAACGCGAUUCAUGCAAAACGGAUCACCAUUAACACAAGAGACUCAAACCUGGCGCUCUGGUACUACAACAAGCUGGGAUCUGCCACAACGUUCAAGAGGACUUGA